CCCUCUCUUCCCCCCGCCCUGUCUUCCCCUGCACCCUCCUUCUUCCCUCCGCCCGGGAGCUUUCCCCGGUGCCCGGCGCCGCCUCCUUCCCUCCCGGCUUUCGGCUCCCGCCGCCGCCCCGGGAAAGGAGAAACGGGGGUGGGGUCGGAGGGAAACGAGAGGCGGGGAGAGACCCCAGUCGGGCUGGAGGCCGGAUUCGAAGGGAGGAGGGUCGGGAGGACGAGAAGGUGGAGGAGGGGGGAGAGUGGAGUAGGGAAGAGCGGCGGGGCCUGGGGCCUUGAGGCCCGGGGAGAGCCGGGGAGCCGGGCGGAGCGCCGAGAUGCUGCUGUUGCUGCUGCUGCUGGCGCGGCUCUUCCUCCGCCCCUUGGGCGCGGGCGGGGCGCAGACCCCCAACACCACCUCUGAAGGCUGCCAGAUCAUACACCCGCCCUGGGAAGGGGGCAUCAGGUACCGGGGCCUGACUCGGGAUCAGGUGAAGGCUAUCAACUUCCUGCCGGUGGAUUAUGAGAUUGAGUAUGUGUGCCGAGGGGAGCGUGAGGUGGUGGGGCCCAAGGUCCGCAAGUGCCUGGCCAAUGGUUCCUGGACCGACAUGGACACACCCAGCCGCUGUGUCCGAAUCUGCUCCAAGUCUUAUUUGACCCUGGAAAAUGGGAAAGUUUUCCUGACGGGUGGGGACCUCCCAGCUCUGGAUGGAGCCCGGGUGGAUUUCCGAUGUGACUCCGACUUCCAUCUGGUGGGCAGCUCCCGGAGCAUCUGUAGUCAGGGCCAGUGGAGCACCCCCAAGCCCCACUGCCAGGUGAAUCGAACGCCACACUCAGAACGGCGCGCAGUGUACAUCGGGGCGCUGUUUCCCAUGAGCGGGGGCUGGCCCGGGGGCCAGGCCUGCCAGCCCGCGGUGGAGAUGGCGCUGGAGGACGUGAAUAGCCGCAGGGACAUCCUGCCGGACUAUGAGCUCAAGCUCAUCCACCACGACAGCAAGUGUGACCCAGGCCAAGCCACCAAGUACCUGUAUGAGCUGCUCUACAAUGACCCUAUCAAGAUCAUCCUCAUGCCUGGCUGCAGCUCUGUCUCCACUCUUGUGGCUGAGGCUGCUAGGAUGUGGAACCUCAUUGUGCUUUCCUAUGGCUCAAGCUCACCAGCUUUAUCAAACCGGCAACGUUUCCCCACUUUCUUUCGAACUCAUCCAUCAGCCACGCUUCACAAUCCAACCCGUGUGAAACUUUUUGAAAAGUGGGGCUGGAAGAAGAUUGCCACCAUCCAGCAGACCACUGAGGUCUUCACUUCGACUCUGGAUGACCUCGAAGAAAGAGUGAAGGAGGCUGGAAUCGAGAUUACUUUCCGGCAGAGUUUCUUCUCAGAUCCCGCUGUGCCUGUCAAAAACCUUAAGCGUCAAGAUGCCCGAAUCAUCGUAGGACUCUUCUAUGAGACUGAAGCCCGGAAAGUUUUUUGUGAGGUGUACAAGGAACGUCUCUUUGGGAAGAAGUAUGUCUGGUUUCUCAUUGGGUGGUAUGCCGACAAUUGGUUCAAGACCUAUGACCCGUCCAUCAACUGUACAGUGGACGAGAUGACCGAGGCGGUGGAGGGUCACAUCACCACCGAGAUUGUCAUGCUGAAUCCUGCCAACACUCGAAGCAUUUCCAACAUGACUUCCCAGGAGUUUGUAGAGAAACUGACUAAGCGACUGAAAAGACAUCCAGAGGAAACUGGAGGCUUUCAGGAGGCACCCCUGGCAUACGAUGCCAUCUGGGCCUUGGCAUUGGCCCUGAACAAGACAUCUGGAGGUGGUGGCCGCUCGGGUGUGCGCCUGGAGGACUUCAACUACAACAACCAGACCAUUACUGACCAGAUCUACCGGGCAAUGAAUUCCUCAUCCUUCGAGGGUGUCUCUGGCCAUGUGGUGUUUGAUGCCAGCGGCUCUCGGAUGGCAUGGACUCUGAUUGAACAGUUACAGGGUGGCAGCUAUAAGAAGAUUGGCUACUAUGACAGCACCAAGGAUGAUCUUUCCUGGUCGAAAACCGAUAAGUGGAUUGGAGGGUCUCCCCCAGCAGACCAGACCCUGGUCAUCAAGACAUUCCGCUUCCUGUCACAGAAACUCUUUAUCUCCGUCUCGGUUCUCUCCAGCCUGGGCAUUGUCCUAGCUGUUGUCUGUCUGUCUUUUAACAUCUACAACUCCCAUGUCCGUUAUAUCCAGAACUCACAGCCCAACCUGAACAACCUGACUGCUGUGGGCUGCUCGCUGGCAUUAGCUGCUGUCUUCCCCCUUGGUCUGGAUGGUUACCAUAUUGGGAGAAACCAUUUCCCCUUUGUCUGUCAGGCCCGACUCUGGCUUCUGGGUCUGGGCUUCAGCUUGGGCUAUGGCUCUAUGUUCACCAAGAUCUGGUGGGUCCACACUGUCUUCACAAAGAAAGAAGAAAAGAAGGAGUGGAGGAAGACACUGGAACCCUGGAAGCUGUAUGCUACAGUGGGCCUGCUGGUGGGCAUGGAUGUCCUCACGCUUGCCAUCUGGCAGAUUGUGGAUCCUUUGCAUCGAACCAUUGAGACAUUUGCCAAGGAAGAGCCAAAGGAAGACAUUGAUGUUUCAAUUCUGCCCCAGCUUGAGCACUGCAGCUCCAAGAAGAUGAACACUUGGCUUGGCAUUUUCUAUGGUUACAAGGGACUUCUGCUGCUGCUGGGAAUCUUCCUUGCUUAUGAGACCAAGAGUGUGUCCACUGAGAAGAUCAAUGACCACCGGGCAGUGGGCAUGGCUAUCUACAAUGUGGCGGUGCUGUGCCUCAUCACGGCUCCCGUGACCAUGAUUCUUGCCAGCCAGCAGGAUGCAGCCUUUGCCUUUGCCUCUCUUGCCAUCGUUUUCUCCUCCUAUAUCACUCUGGUUGUGCUCUUUGUGCCCAAGAUGCGCAGGUUGAUCACCAGAGGGGAGUGGCAAUCAGAGGCGCAGGACACCAUGAAGACAGGGUCAUCGACCAACAACAAUGAGGAGGAGAAGUCCCGCUUGUUGGAGAAGGAGAACCGUGAACUGGAAAAGAUCAUUGCUGAGAAAGAGGAACGAGUUUCUGAACUGCGCCAUCAGCUCCAGUCUCGGCAGCAGCUUCGCUCCCGGCGCCACCCUCCGACACCCCCAGACCCCUCUGGAGGCCUUCCAAGAGGUCCCUCUGAGCCUCCUGACCGGCUUAGCUGUGAUGGGAGUAGAGUUCAUUUGCUUUACAAGUGAGGGGAUAUAAGGGAGAACAGGCCAGUGGGGGAGGGUGAGGGACCAGGGGAGGGGCAGGGGAUCCUUGUGCUCAGUGGAGAAGGAUGUGCUCUCCAACCCCAUCACCUGUGAAUAUGUGUCCCUCUGCGAGCCCUGGGGUUCCCUAUACUUGCAGUACUCUGGGAAAUAGAUCUUCUGUCUC